AUGUCAGCUGUCAAUGACACCAACUUCAACUCUGCAAUGUUCCUUCUCACUGGGAUACCUGGGCAGGAAGACAUCCAUCUCUGGAUCUCUGUCCCCUUCUGCUUAGUGUAUGUUAUUUCUGUAGUAGGAAAUUCAGUCAUUCUGUUCAUUCUAAGAACAGAUACAGGUCUUCAUGAGCCCAUGUAUAUUUUCCUUUCCAUGCUGGCAGUCACAGACCUUGGUUUAUCAAUAGCCACCAUGCCAACAACAUUGGGCACAUUCUUGUUUAAUGCUAGGGAGAUCAGCCUCGAUGCCUGUUUUGCCCAGCUGUUCUUCAUCCACUCGCUUUCAUACAUUGAAUCCUCUGUUCUCUUGUUGAUGGCCUUUGACCGCUUCAUCGCCAUCUCUCACCCACUGAGAUAUGCCUCCAUCUUAACCCUGCCAAGAAUAGCCAAGAUGGGACUGGUGUGUGUGCUAAGAGGGGUUGCCGUAGUAUUCCCACUGCCCUUUCUCCUGAAACGUUCCCAAUAUUGUCAAGACAAUGUCCUCUCCCGUUCCUACUGCUUGAACCAAGAGAUCAUUAAGAUGGCUUGUUCAGAUAUUAGAGUCAGCAGCAUCUAUGGCUUUUUUGUCACAGUCUCCACAGCGAUGUUGGACUCGCUGCUCAUCCUCCUAUCUUAUGUAAAGAUUCUGAAAACAGUGCUGAGCAUUGCCUCCCAUGCGGAGUGCGUCAGGGCACUGAGCACCUGUGUCUCCCACUUCUGUGCUGUCCUACUCUUCUACAUACCAGGGAUUGGCUUGUCUGUAGUACAGAGAUUCGGGAAUAGCUCUUUUCCCUUGCUUCAGAUUCUCAUCGGCUAUGUCUACCUGCUGGUCCUGCCCAUGAUGAACCCAAUUGUGUACAGUUUGAAAAGCAAACACCUUCGUGCAAGGAUAAUCAGGGCAUUGAAAAAGAGAGUUCAUCAGCUGGCUCCACCGCUGGUCACAUGA